CACCUACAACCCAUUCAAGCAAGCAACUGCACCUACCAAAAUCUCUCUCCAUCUCCCUCUCUCUCUCCCUGAAAUGGCAGGCUCUAGUUGGUACAAAUCUCCAGGUGCGUACGAGAUGCGCCGUCUCGUCGUCCUUCUCCUUGCUGUCUUGCUUCCCCAUGAAACCAUCUCCGCCGCGGAACCUUCCGGCGGCGGCGGCAGGUGCAUACGCCGGUGCGGCAGCACCACCGUCCCCUACCCUUUCGGCUUCUCCUCGAGCUGCCCCAUCGCCUUGUCCUGCGACGGCAACGCCUCCGUCUCGCUACUUCCACACGAAGGAGGAGAUAACGCCACGUCGUCCCGCGUCAUCGCCUUCAACCCCACCAACUCCACCGUACUGGUAGCCCUCCCGCCGUCGUGCAGCCGCAGCGUCUCCCACGCCGAGAAGGCGCUCUCUGGCCGCAACUACGGUGUCUCGUCCCGCACCGGACUGUUCCUCGGCGGCGGCUGCCAAGGCAACACGUCCUUAUGCAGCGUGCCGGCGGCCGUCAUGUCCAGGCUCCUCCGCACGGCGCAGUGCGGUAACGACACCUCUGCCGCCGCCGUGACGUGCGUCUCCUCUGCUACGUCGAACGACACCGCGGCGCCGGACCUGUUUCUGCGGUGGGAGAAGGUGGAGAAACCAAAGUGCGACGACCUGCUGACGUCCACAGUGUUCAUGUACACGGAGGAGGGGACGGUGUCGCUGGAGUUCGGCGUGGCGGAGCUGGGCUGGUGGGUCAACGGGACGUGCACCCGCGGCGGCGAGCCUUGCGCGGCGAACGCGACAUGCUCCAACGUAAUAACGCCGUCCGGGGAGAGGGGGCACCGGUGCGAGUGCGUGGCGGGGAUGGAGGGCGACGGCUUCUUGGCCGGCGAUGGAUGCUACCACGCUAAGCGGGUUCCCAAGAAGAAGGUGGCUUUCAUCGUUGCAGGUGUCGUGGUGGGCGUGGCGGCGGCGGCCGGCGUGCUCCUGCUGCUCUGCUGGGCACGACGCCGGCGCUCUGUCGGCAAGGGGCGGCAGGGCUCCAGCCGGCUCGCGGCGAUGCGGCUGCUGUCGGAGGCGGCGACGUCGAGCGGCGUGCCGGUGUACUCGUACAACGAGGUGGCGCGCGCGACCAACUCCUUCUCCCACACGCACCGCCUCGGCACGGGCGCCUACGGCACGGUCUACGUCGGCAGGCUCCCGGCGAACUCGACGGCGCUCGUGGCCAUCAAGCGCCUCCGGUGCCGCCACGACGACCACGACGACGACGGCGGCCGGGUGGUGGCGCUGCUCCUCAACGAGAUCAGGCUCAUCUCCUCGCUCAGCCACCCCAACCUCGUCCGCCUCCUCGGCUGCUGCCUCGACCGCGGCGAGCAGAUCCUCGUCUACGAGCUCGUCCCCAACGGCACCCUCUCCCACCACCUCCACGGCGGCGGCGACGCCACGCUGCCGUGGCGCGCGCGGCUCGGCGUCGCGGCGGGCACGGCCGCCGCCAUCGCGUACCUGCACGCCGCGCGCCCGCCCAUCUUCCACCGCGACGUCAAGUCCGGCAACAUCCUCCUCGGCGCCGACCUCCGCGCCAAGCUCGCCGACUUCGGCCUCUCCCGCGCCGCGCGCGGCGCCGAGGACGCGUCGCGCUCGCACGUCUCCACCGCGCCGCAGGGCACGCCGGGGUACGUCGACCCGGAGUACCACCAGAGCUUCCACCUCUCCGACAAGAGCGACGUGUACAGCUUCGGCGUGGUGCUGCUCGAGCUCAUCACCGCCAUGAAGGUCGUCGACUUCGGCCGGCCGGCGAACGAGGUCAACCUGGCAUGCCUCGCGCUCGACCGGAUCGGCAAGGGGAGAGUCGAAGAGAUCGUCGACCCGGCGCUCCUCCGCCACGGCGAGGAGUGGGUCAUGGAGUCGGUCCGGCACGUCAGCGAGCUCGCCUUCCAGUGCCUGGCGUUCGACAAGGACGUCCGGCCGUCCAUGAGCGAGGUGGCCGCCGAGCUGUGCCGGAUCAGGGACGCCGCACCAGGCUCCGGCAUGACCGACCUCGUCGCCGACGUGGGGCUCGAUGGACCGGGCACCACAGCGGCGAAGAAAGCCCGGUCGCCGGUGUCGGUGCAGGACGUUUGGGUCAGCGACCGGAGCUCGCAAUCGACCAACGGCUCCAUGCCACGCUUUGCGUAGCCAAGUUAUAUCCCACGUGCACCCAAAGUAGAUGAAAAUGUAACUUAAACAAUUUUUGGGGGUGAAGUUU